AUGUCAUAUUCAUCUGAGCUUCUGCUUCUUACCGGCGAGUUCGGCGUGGACGAGGCCGACUAUCUACCACGUGCUGGCCUCUGGGCCGAUGGAUCUUCUCGUCUACGUCAGGCACAAGCUGAGGCCGGUGCUCCCGCCCUUAGUGUGCGGAUGAGCGAACAAGACCCGGUACUGCAGUUGCGCGACUCGGAGGAUUUCCACGAUGCUACCUCUGAUGACGAGGUUGACACUCCGCGCAGGGUGCACUGGCCGGACGACUUUUCAGUAAACGAUUCCGACACCGAGCAAUCUAGUAGCGACUCUACAGAACUCGACGAACUCGAUGAACUGGGGGACCCUGCACAACUCGAGAAGCCAAGCAGUGACGAUAUCCCGGCAGAGACAUCGUCCGAGGGUAGGCAGAUGCGUCGUAGAGUGAACGAGGACGUGCACUGA